AUGUCGCAUCGUGAAAAUGUCAAGGAGCUUCAUAUUGCGCCAAUGAUUGAUGUCUCCACUCCUGAAUUUCAUCAUCUAUUUCGAAUCUUGUCCAAACGAGUCAUUUUGUGGACAGCCAUGCACGUCGAUGAAACCUUGGUAUUUACGGACAAUGUUGACCAACACUUGGAAUUGGCCACUCCAGAACUCCAUCCCAUUGUUUGUCAAAUUGGAGGGCGUACACCCGAAUACGCAGUCAAGGCAAGCCAAAUGAUUCAUGAAAGGUUUGGUUACGACGAAAUCAACUUGAAUAUUGAUUGUCCUAGCAAUCGAGUGUCGGGAAAACGAUGUUUUGGAGCAAUCCUCAUGGCAGAUCCUCACAAGGAUACAGCCUAUGCCAUGGUCCAAGCUAUGGCGAAAGGAGAGCAAACGACAAUGAGUAAUGCUGGAGGGGAAGGGAAUGGUCAUGAAACUGAGGACCAUGAUGACCAAAUUGCCAAAGAUACUACCUCUACAACACCAAGCACCCAUCCGACCACAAAACGAAAAUCCAUUCCAAUCUCGGUCAAGACACGAGUGGGUUGUGAAACACCAGAUGGUGUCUGUUUGGAUACGACAGAGCAUUUAAUUUCUUUUGUUCGAAACUUGAGGCAGCAUGGAUGUCAUCGGUUCUACAUUCAUGCUCGUAAAGUCGUCAUUGGUGGCCUGUCACCGAUUCAGAAUCGGAUUGUUCCUCCAUUGAAUUAUCCACGAGUUUAUCAACUGUGCUCCGAGUUUCCUGAUUGCCAAUUUGUUUUGAAUGCUGGUAUUUCUGGUUUGCAGGCGGCCAAGGAUAUCUGCCAGGGAAUUUCUCAAUCGGAUUAUGAAGAGCAUCGAUCCAUGUAUCACGUCGCCAGUAAUGGAUCUUGCACGGUCCCACCAAUCGGGAAAGCCCCAACGAAUCUGGUCGGCUGCAUGCUGGGACGAGCUUGUAUGGAGCACCCUGCCAUGUUUCAUGACGUCGAUCGGUAUUGGUACGGUGAAUCCAGCAAUCCCUGCCAAAAUCGGAGACAAGUCUUGGAACAGUACAUGGCCUAUUUGCAAAAGGUCUAUCCUCCUCGUUGUGGCGACGACCAAGACGAUAUGGUGACCUCUCGUAUCUUACUUGCAUCACAGCCAUUGCCGUUUCACAUCACCAAACAAUGUCCCAUUUGUCAUACCAACAAUGAAAAUCAGCAAUUGCCAGUACAAUCUUUGGAGGAGCGACACAAGCAACCCUCCAAGAUUAUUACUCGUGUCAUGGAUCGGUCUUUCAAGCCCAUAUUGGGAAUGUUUUUUGGGCUUCCCAAAAGCAAAUUCUAUCGAAAAGAAUUAGAACGACUCAGUCGAGAUACCAAGUUGCGAAACUGCGGGCCUGCUCAUGUCCUCAAGCGUGUUUUGGAAAGCCUUCCGGACGAAUUGCUGGAUCAAGACUUUUUGCCGACCGAAAGAAUGACCAACAUACCAGUGCACCAUGCUCCGGAUCAAUCGAACAAGAGAAAAAGAUCCAAGUGA